AUUUCCCCCACCCCCAGAGUCCUCCGAGCAGCAGGGGGCGUGGCAGUGCACAAAGGGAGGACUUCCGUAGUCCACAUUUCCGGGAUUUCUCGCAGGACCGACGGAAGUUGUAGUCCGGCGUUCUCGGGACGACUGCGGACUUCGGGCCACGCUGAGAGAUGUUCCGUGCUGAACAAGAGCCUUCGCGGGGGCCGCCGGGAGUCGUAGUCCGGCACGUAGGGGCCGCCGGGAACUGUCGUCCUUCCCGCCUGCCCAGUCAGCGCUGUACUUCCCGCCCCGCACUCGGAGCUCAGAGCCGCCGCCCAGGGGGAUGCGGGAGCCCCUGGUUUGGGGGAGCAGAGAGGCAGGCGGGGUGAGGGACGUUGCCUGGCAACGGGCGAGCGUCGCGGUUGGGGAGCCGAGGGCGGCAUGUCCCAGGCCCCGGGAGCACAGCCAAGCCCGCCACCCUCCGUGUACCACGAACGGCAACGCCUGGAGCUGUGCGCCGUUCACGCCCUCAACAACGUCCUCCAGCAGCAGCUCUUUAGCCAGGAGGCUGCCGAUGAGAUCUGCAAGAGGUUGGCCCCAGACUCCCGGCUGAACCCCCAUCGCAGCCUCCUGGGCACCGGCAACUAUGACGUCAACGUGAUCAUGGCUGCCCUGCAGGGUCUGGGCCUGGCCACCGUGUGGUGGGACCGGAGGCGGCCUCUGUCCCAGCUGGCCCUGCCCCAGGUGCUGGGGCUGAUCCUCAACCUGCCCUCGCCCAUGUCACUGGGGCUGCUGUCCCUGCCAGUGCGCCGGAGGCACUGGGUGGCCCUGCGCCAGGUGGACGGCGUCUACUACAACCUGGACUCCAAGCUGCGGGCACCUGAGGCCCUGGGGGAUGAGGACGGGGUCAGAGCCUUCUUGGCUGCUGCUCUGGCUCAGGGCCUGUGCGAGGUGCUGCUGGUGGUGACCAAGGAGGUGGAGGACACGGGCUGCUGGCUGCGGACAGACUGACCCCUGGGCGGAGGGAACCACAGCCCCCGGCCCAGCACCUCCGCCAGGCCCCACACCUCAUGGACCCCACAAAGCCCCAGCCCCUUCUCCACACCCCUGCUCCCCAGUGCCGCUGCUGCCUCAAUAAAUCUGAUGUGCCCAGG